UUUUGAACUUUGUUUGUUUAUGCGGUUUUGUAGUUAAAAAAGGGAGUAAAUUGACUUGAGGACUUGUUGGCUCCUUUCUCCGGCAUUUUUGCGCGUUGUGCCAGCGCAGCUGUUUGCGCACCUGAGUCUGCUUUUCAGUUUGCGCAGCGACUACAGGACUUCAAUGCUUCUGCGCAACUGAACAAUGACUGUGACAUUACUUACCGGUGACAUGCUUGUUGUGGUGAACCUCGAUAAAUGCGCAGUCUCUCUCUGUGGAAUAACCACCGGAGUCCAGGUGUCAUCAGACACAGCUGAUGUGGCCGUUUGGAGGAGCGCACCAGUUUGAUGCCAGCUGAGGUUUGACAGAGAGCAGGAGUUUGGGAUGCAAGAGAAACCUUAGAGAGACAACCCUCUGCUUCUUUUACCUGGUUUCAACAAGGGCUGCCCAGAGCCAUGGCCUCCCAGGUGGUGUGCGGUCUGGUCUUCAGGUUACUGCUGCCAAUGUGUCUUGCAGCUGCUUGCCUGUUCAGGUACAAUGCCCUGUCCUUCGUCUACCUCAUCUAUCUCCUCCUUAUUCCACUAUUUGCGGAGCCCACAAGCACGUCGAUGAAGGGCCACACAGGGCGUCUGCUGCAGUCCCUCUGCUUCACCAGUAUGUCCUUCCUGCUGCUCCACAUCAUCUAUCAGAUUACCGUCAACAGCCUCCUGUCCGGGAAAUCCAUCAACUCUAACUUCAGCUGUUCCACAUGGGAGAAAUCCAUAAGGCAACUUGGCUUUGAGAGUGUGAUUGGUGCAGAUGCGGGGAAUGGCAUCCGAGUGUUCAUCCCUGACAUUGGCAUGUUCGUGGCCGGCCUGGCCAUCUGGCUGCUGUGCCGCAGUCUGGUCCAGAAGAGGCCGCCUGAGGACAUGGCACAGUACAACGCUGACUUCGAAGCAGAGGAACAAGAAGAGGAGGAGAAGCAGAGCUUGGAGGACAACAUCCUGCUAGAGGAGGACUUUGAGGCGGGGUACGAGGCUGAGGAGGAUGAGGACGAUGAGGAGCUGUACGAGGAGGAUGAGGAGGAGGUGGAGGAGGAGGAGGAGGAGAAGGAAGAAGAAGCGAAGGAGAGCACAAAGAUGAAGAUCCUGCGACUCGUGGCGGAAGUUGCGUCCAAAGUGAAGGAGAUCAUUGGGAACUUGAUCACUACUGCGGGGAAGGUGGUGGUCACCAUCUUGUUGGGCAUGACAGGCAUCAUGCAGCCCUCGCUGACCUCUGCAGUUUACUUCUUCCUCUUCCUGUUCCUGUGCACCUGGUGGUCCCUCUGCCGGACCUUCGACACACUCAUCUUCAGCUGCAUGUGCGUCCUGAUGGCCAUCUUCAGCGCUGGGCACCUCAUCGUCCUCUACCUCUAUCAGUUCCAAUUCUUCCAGGAGUCCAUCCCAGCAGGCAACAGCCUGUUUGGCAUCUCCCCCAUUGUUCAGACCAAUUGCUCCUACACAUGGAAGCUCAUCGUUCACCCGGAGCGCAAGUGGUACCACUUUGUGAAUCCCAUCAUGCUGCUGAUUCUCUACUACACUCUGGCCACGCUCAUCCGCCUCUGGCUGCAGGAACCCAUCGAGCAGCUGAUGGACGACAAAGACAGCGAUAUGUGUGAGGAGGAGGAGGAUCUGGCCGGAAACAAAGCCAACAGGAAGAGGCAUCUGUGGUGGGAAUCACGCCAGUGCACUGACGAGAAAAACCUCCUCUCCACCCAGGAUGGCAUCAGUACAACUGAGGCUGUGCCCACCUCAAACGGGACAUCCUUUGACUUCGUCACAACCGAGAAUGGACCAGUCUGUCGUGACUUGUACUCCACCCCGCAGUAUAAAAUGGACCAGCCCAGUGACGGUACAGAGAAGAAGGACGAGUGUGUGUAUGAAGUGUGUUUGCCCCCGGAGGAUUCGGUGUUGGACAGUGGAGAGGAGAAGUCUGAGGGAGGCGAGGAUGGGAUGAAGAAAAGAGGAGUCGGUGCCAUGGUCAAAGUCUUCCACUUCAUCAUGAAACAGAGCUACAUCUGUGCUCUCAUUGCCAUGAUGGUGUGGAGCAUCACCUACGUCAGCUGGCUGACGUUUGUCUUCCUCAUGUGGUCUUGCAUUCUGUGGAUGGUGAGGGACCGGAGGCGUUACGCCAUGGUGUCUUCUCCCUUCAUGGUGGCCUACGGCAACCUGCUGAUAGUUCUGCAGUACAUUUGGAGUUUUGAGAGCCUCCUUCCAGUCCCAGGGUUCUUUGUCAAGAAGAACAACCCUUUCCACUCACUUUCAUCCAAGAUCCUGUGUCUGGUGAGCUUCUGGCUGCUGCUGAGACAGAUGCUUACAGAGAAAUGGGAGAAACAAAAAGAAGACAGUGCUGGUCUCUCAGACAUUCACGUGGAAAGUGAGGAGAAGAAGGAAGAAGAGGAGAACUCUGAGGAGCAAGCGGAGCAGGACACCAUGCAUGUUCUGGGCAACAUGGUCAUGGCUGUGCUGGUCAAAUACUGGAUCUACAUCUGUGGGGGGAUGUUCUUCUUCGUCAGCUUCGAGGGAACCAUCGUCAUGUACAAGAUCAUCUACAUGAUGAUGUUCCUCUCCUGUGUGGCACUCUACCAGGUGCACUACGACUGGUGGCGAAGGAUCCUGAAGUACUUCUGGAUGUCGGUAGUGAUGUACACCAUGGUGGUCCUCACCGUGGUCUACACCUACCAGUUUGACGGCUCGAUAAAAUUCUGGUCCUUCUUUGGCUUAAACGAAAACAGGUUGAAGGACCUGGGCCUGCAGAAGUUUGGUGUGACCGAGCUGUUCACCAGAAUUUUCAUUCCUACUUUCUUCCUGCUGUUGUGUAUUCUCCAUUUGCACUACUUCCACGACCGCUUUCUCCAGCUCACCAACCUCCAGGCCAAAGAUGACAGCACUAUCUACAGACUGGUGCAUCAGGAUGGCAGUUUGGCAGACCUUACCAUGCUCAGCGUCAGCUCGGUGGAUGCAGCGCUGCCCAGAGAGGAGGAGGACCUGCAGGAGAAGCAGGGGCAACAAGGAGAGUGGGGCACAGCGACGGAGAAGAAGCAGGCUCUGGUGGUGGUGAUGGAUGACACUGAGACGACUGGCGAGAAGCCCAGGAGCUUCUCCGACCCGCGGCUGUCCAGCACAGAAGAGAGCCACCACUGCAGUGCGGGGAGCGAGCCAGAGCCGAGCACCGAGCAGAGCUCAGAUCUGAAGAAUAAGUGGCACCUGGUGGUCGACCGUCUGACGGUGCUCCUCCUCAAGUUCCUGGAGUAUUUCCACAAACUGCAGCUGUUCAUCUGGUGGUUGCUGGAGAUCCACAUCAUCAAGAUUGUGUCCUGCUACAUUGUGUUCGUCUGUCUCGAAGAGGUGUCUUUGUUCAACUAUGUGUUCCUGGCGUCCUGGGCCUUUGCACUUCCCUACAGCCAGUAUCGGCCCCUUGCUUCCAGUGUUUGCACUGUGUGGACAUGUGUCAUCAUCACAUGUAAAAUGUUGUACCAGCUGAAGUUCGUAGACCCCCCAUCCUACUCCAAGAACUGCUCUUUGACAAUGCCAAGCAACUAUACGCCGGAACAGGAAAAAGAGUUGGCGAAGUCUCUGCUUUAUGUGGAACUUGUGGAUCCAGCCAACUGGGUGGGCUUGAUGAAGUCUGAUGACCUGCUGGGCUACAUCAGGAACAACCUCUUGAUGUUGGCUCUCUUAGCAUUCGAGGUGACCAUCUACCGCCAUCAGGAAUACUUCAGACGGAGGAACAAGCUGUCGCCUCCCGCUGCCCGGGUUAUCUUCCAUGAUAUCACACGGCAGCACCUGGACAUCGGCAUCAUCUGCUUCGCCAAAUACUUCAUCAACUACUUCUUCUACAAAUUUGGACUUGAGACGUGCCUGCUGUUGGGGGUCUAUGUAAUCGGGCAGCGUAUGGACUUCUAUGCCAUGCUUCAUGCCUUUGCCUUGAUAGCCGUCAUGCAUAGACGAAGGAGGAAAGCCAUUGCUGAGAUCUGGUCCAAGUACUGCUUCUUCCUGGCCUGCAUGCUUACCUUACAGUACUUUGUCUGCAUCGGGAUCCCACCUGCAGCCUGUAAAGACUAUCCCUGGAGGCUUCCUGGCCAUUUUACAGCCUCCAAUGUGGUCAAGUGGCUCUAUAUUCCAGAUUUCCUCACCAAGCCCAACCCAUGGUUCCUUAUCUGUGACUUCAUUCUGCUGUUGUGUGCCUCUAUGCAGAGGCAAGUGUUUGAUGAUGAGAACAAGGCGGCAGUUCGCCUCAUAGCCGGAGACAACGUGGAGAUCUGCAGAGACCUGGAUGCAGCCUCCUUCAGCGUCCACAACCCCGUACCUGACUUCAUCCACUGCAGGUCCUACCUCGACAUGCUGAAGGUCAUCAUGUUCAGUUACCUGUUCUGGUUUGUCCUCACUAUCAUCUUCAUCACGGGAACCACACGUAUCAGUGUCUUCUGUAUGGGAUACCUGGUCGCCUGCUUUUACUUCCUGCUCUUUGGUGGAGAGCUGUUACUGAAGCCAAUCAAAAAAAUCCUGCACUACUGGGACUUUCUGAUUGCCUACAACAUCUUUGUAAUCACCAUGAAGAACAUCUUGUCUAUCCUGGCUUGUGGCUACAUCAAUGAUCUGGUCAAGAACCAGUGCUGGUUAAUCCAGUUGUUCAGUUUGGCCUGCACCAUUAAAGGCUAUAACAUCCAGGUCAAGAGUGACAAUCCGGAUCCUGCCUGUGAGCUGCCCAGCGACGAGGCUGGGAUCAUCUGGGACAGUAUCUGCUUUGCCUUCCUGCUGCUGCAGAGACGAGUCUUCAUGAGCUACUACUUCCUCCACGUGGUGGCUGAUAUCAGAGCGUCACAGAUUCUUGCGUCCAGAGGAGCAGAGCUUUUCCAAGCCACUAUAGUGAAGGCUGUGAAGGCCAGACUGGAGGAGGAGCGUAAAUCUGUGGAGCAGCUGAAAAGACAGAUGGAGCGCAUUAAAGUGAGGCAGCAAAAGUUUAAGAGGGGCAAGGAGAAGAUGCUAAGCUUAGCACAGGAGUCUGGAGAUGGACAGACCCUCGUCCAGCCCGAGGACGAUGACGAUGGAGCACAUCCAACGAAAGCCAAGACCAAAAAAAAGCAGUGGUGGAGGCCGUGGGUUGACCAUGCUUCCAUGGUUAGAAGUGGAGACUAUUACUUGUUUGAAACUGAUAGUGAAGAAGAGGAGGAGGAGGAGGAGAAAAAAGACGAGGAGCCCCCAAAGAAGUCAGCAUUUCAGCGAGCUAUUGGGAAGUUUGUCUCUGCUGUUCUGGCUUUGCCCAAGUCUAUCAUUAAGCUGCCUAAAACUAUUCUGCAAUAUGUAGUCAAGGCAGGCAAGUUUCUCUACCAUGCCUGGAUCACAGACCCCAAAGCUGCCCUGAGGGCACAAGGCAAAAAGAGACACAAAUUUUGGAAGAAAUACACCAAGGGAGUUAGACACAGGAAAAGCAAGAAAGAUGUAGGUCAUGUGGCCAUAGAGGUUGGUGAACUGUCUGAUGGGCAAGAAAAAGGAGAGGAGAACAAGCAGUCAGGUAGUCCAGACAACAUCAUCAAACGAGUGUUCAACAUCAUAAAGUUCACCUGGGUGCUCUGCCAGACGACGGUGGAAAGCUUCACCAAGUGGAUGAAUGACAUGUGCAGAGAGUACAUCGACAUCUCCACUGUGCUGCGUAUCGAGCGCUGCAUGCUUACACGAGAGGUCAAGAAGGGUAAUGUGCCUUCCAGAGAGAGCAUCCAUGUCUACUACCAGAAGGCCAUGAGGCUCAACAUGUCCAGGCAGGCCAGUAUGGAUCAGCUCAGUGAGGACGGGUCAACCUCCGGCUCCACCAGAGUACGAAGGAGGCGAGGAGGCUACCGCAUGGAGAGCCAGGACUCGACAGCCUCCAGAGACAGCAUAUCCAGUGCCUUCACUGAGGCCACCACGCUGUUUUCUCGCCAGUCCACGCUGGAAGACCUCGAUGGAAUGCCAGAGUUCAUUCCCAAAACCAGCGAGCGUGCCAGGCCCAAACUGCGUAAGAUUUACAACCUGGACGUGUCCAGUUCAUCAAUGGACAGUGUCAACAGCUUCAUAUCCAGUGAAGCAACCCAGUGCGUCACACUCUACUCCAGACAGGGCACCACAGACACCAUAGAAGAAGUGGAGGACGAGCAGGAUCAAGGGGAGGACAAGCAGCAGGUUCCCUGGGAAUCCCAACAGCUUGAGGACAGUCAGGGGGCAGAGGGUGGUCCCUGGAGUGACCGAGAAUCCGGGGAGAAAGAUGAGGAGCGUGGUGAGGGGCAGGAGGGGAUGGAGGUCGAGGAGGUUGAGGAAGAAUUAGAGGUACCACUGGACAAGGAGACAGGGGAGGGAGACGAGGCUCCCUGGGAGUCUUUUGGUCCUGAUGAGGGCCCCUCCCUCAGGAUGCAGGAGACAGAGUGUGCCCCUUCUGUCCUGGACAAAGACUUCACAGAGAGUGAAGAUGGAGCAGGACAGCAGGACUUCAUGCAGACAGAGGGGCGAGCAGGGGUGCUCUACACCCCCGAUACAGAUGCUUCCAAAACGUCUGACGCUGACGUUCCUCCCAGCUACAGCAAGGCGGUCAGCUUCGACCGUCUAGAAGUUAGUGAUGACGAGAGUGACACAGAUAGGAAGAGGCGUAUGCUCAUGACCUCUGACAGCCGCUCAGAUGACAGCAGAUCAGACAUCAUGUUGCCCUCUAUGACCACUGAGCUAACCGCCAGUGAACUGCUGCUCAACAAGAUGUUUUAUGAUGAGGAGCUGGAGCAGUCAGAUAAAUUCUACCAAAACCAGCCUCUGAUUCUCCAGCUCUGCUACGCCCUCUACAACAUGCUGGUGGCCCACUCGGAGAUGGUGUGCUACCUGGUCAUCAUCAUCAACCACAUGGUGUCAGCCUCCUGUGCCACCCUGGUCCUUCCCAUCACCAUCUUCCUCUGGGCCAUGCUGUCUGUGCCCCGGCCCAGCAAGCGCUACUGGAUGACUGCCAUCGUCUAUACCGAGGUCACCAUCGUCAUCAAGUACUUCUUCCAGUUUGGCUUCUUCCCCUUCAACCAGGACAAGCUGGUCAGGAACAAACCAUAUCACCCCCCCAACAUCAUCGGUGUGGAGAAGAAGGAUGGUUACGUCCACUACGACCUGGUCCAGUUACUGGCUCUCUUCUUCCACAGAUCCAUUCUGAAGUGCCACGGUCUGUGGGACGAAGACGACCCCAAAGAAAAGAAAGAGCCUCCUCGUCAGAGUGAGUCAGAGGAUGAGGGAAAAGACAAGGAGGAGAGUGAGAAGGAGUCCGAAUCUGCCUCCUCGCUGAUCAGUGAGAGGAGAGGCUCCACCCACACCUUGAGGUCCCUAAACUUUGGGACCUCCAUAGAUUCAGGACAUGUCCAGGUGCAUGUCCCACAACAGCAGACCUACCAGCGUCGCAAGAGCUCCAGCGGAGGCUCGCAUAUUUCUCACCGCUCUCUUCACUCUUCUGCACGGUCAAAGAGAGGAAGUACCGCGUCCCACAACAGCAGCCGCAAGGAUGGCAGCGAGGCCAGCGUCCAUCAGAAGACCCGCAAACAGAUGAUUAUGGAGAAGCUGAAGGAGCAGCUGUAUAAAGGGAAAGCGUUCAUCAUAAAGCGGUUCAUGGAGAUCUACCUUCCCAUGAGGCAGUUCUUCUAUAACCUGAUCCAUCCAGAGUACAGUGCUGUCACAGACGUCUAUGUGCUGAUGUUCCUCGCCGACACCGUCGACUUCAUCAUCAUUGUGUUUGGAUUCUGGGCGUUCGGUAAACACUCAGCGGCUGACAUCACCUCGUCUCUGUCGGAGGAUCAGGUGCCAGGACCGUUCUUGGUCAUGGUCCUGAUCCAGUUUGGGACCAUGGUGGUGGACCGGGCCCUCUACCUCAGAAAGUCUGUGGUGGGCAAGGUCAUCUUUCAGGUCAUCCUGCUCUUUGGCAUCCACUUCUGGAUGUUCUUCAUCCUGCCUAUAGUCACAACAAAGCGUUUCAAUGAUAACAUAGUCGCGCAGAUGUGGUAUUUUGUCAAGUGCAUCUACUUUGGGCUGUCGGCCUAUCAGAUCCGCUGUGGUUAUCCUACCCGCGUUCUGGGAAACUUCCUCACCAAGAGCUACAAUUAUGUCAACCUCUUCCUGUUUCAAGGUUUCCGUCUGGUGCCGUUUCUGACAGAGCUGCGAGCCGUGAUGGACUGGGUUUGGACCGACACCUCACUGUCUCUGUCCAGCUGGAUCUGUGUGGAGGACAUCUACUCUCACAUCUUCAUCCUCAAAUGCUGGAGAGAGUCUGAGAAGAGGUACCCCCAGCCGCGAGGCCAAAAGAAGAAGAAAGUGGUGAAGUACGGGAUGGGAGGGAUGAUGGUGGCGCUGCUGAUCGGUAUCGUCUGGUUCCCGCUGCUUUUUAUGUCUCUGGUAAAAUCUGUAGCUGGAGUCGUCAACAAACCACUGGACGUCUCGUUCACAAUCACACUGGCUGGCUUUCAGCCCAUCUUCACCAUAAGCGCACAGCAAAAGCAACUGGAGGACGUGAACAGCAAGGAUUUUAGAGAUUUUGGCAAUAAGUUUUCAAAUAAUGAUAAAGCCUUGCAGUGGCUGGAGCGCUACACAUCAGACGAUCUGAUCAUCGCCAAGCUGAAAGGCAGCUCCAACUCUCUGUGGACCAUCAGUCCACCCAGCAGAACCAACCUGAUAGGGAUGUUGAACUCUACUACUACUACUGACGAUGAGGGAUUCCCCAUCACUGUGUCCUGGUCUGUGCAAAGGAACCUAAGUCUUGGUGCCAAGGCUGAAACAGCGUCUGGAAAACAUGUGAGUUUUCUGGAGGAAAAAACAAAACAGGAGCUCAUCAUGCUCCUAAAGGGGAUAAAAAGCAACACACAAGUGACUCUAAAAAACGUCUUCCCUCGUUAUAUUCGAGCCCCCAGUGACUCGGAUGCCAAGCCUGUCGAUCAGCUUAUUUUAAAUAAUGAACCGACAUAUGAGGACCUAAACAUUACCUUGAUGCGAACUCAGAAUGGCUCAGAUCAGGAGCAGAUCCAGGAAUGGUGGAUCGUCAACCAGAUAAAGACUGGCCUAAUUUCACUGGGCAACAACAGUGAAGCAGGUCUGGACAUCUACAUAUUCAGCGACCAGGUUAGCCCGCCCAGCUUGGGCUUCCUGGCUGGAUAUGGGAUCAUGGGCCUGUACGCCUCUGUGGUUCUGGUCAUCGGAAAGUUUGUACGUGAGUUCUUCAGCGGUAUUUCUCACACCAUCAUGUUCGAGGAGCUGCCCAACGUAGACCGCAUCCUCAAGCUGUGCACCGACAUCUUCCUGGUCCGAGAGACGGGGGAGCUGGACCUGGAGGAGGACAUGUAUUCCAAACUCAUCUUCCUCUACCGUUCGCCAGAAACUAUGAUCAAGUGGACCCGGGAGAAAAGUCAGUGAAACUCAGAGGGGAUGUUAAGCUAUGAAGGCGAGUCAGAGCUUUUCGUAGACAUUGGGGUGGUCGCUCUGUUGGUGUAAGUUGCUGUUUCAGUCCGUUUACCAGCCGAGGGAGCACAAAGCAGCUGAGGACCAAAUCUGUCUUCCUCAACUUAGCUCUGCUGGCAGUGAUACAGUGUUGGCGCCACACGGGAACACUUUAUUAACAGUUGAGCACAAAUUUGGUGCUGUAUUUAUUUCUGAAAACGUGGCUCAGUCUGGCAUCCAGUGGAUAAAAUAAGCGGCUGGUGUUCAGUCGAAAACUGAGAAAUCUUAUAAUACAAUUUUCCUAAGAUAUGAAAAGUCUUAUCCCUAAUUUAAAGGUAGAUUUUUAAAGACCCGUCACUGCUCUUCACGCUUGUCGUCUUAAAUUUUUGCAAUUGCACAGCAGGCGAAGAGAAGCCCAACCUGGCUGCAACGUUACUCUUUAAGGGCUUCCCACCAACGGAUAAGUGCACAAUAAUGACCACAUGAGCACAAUCUCAUAUUUUCUACAACUGGAACACUUUGAUUGUGGGACUGUGCAAUACUGAGCUCUCGUUUCUCCCAAGUUUUCAAAGGAUGUGGAUCGAAAGAAAAGGCCGGUUCUGACCAAGACACGUGAACAUAGCCCCAUCUUUUUGUCUUUUUCUUUUUUUUAAACGUCAGAGGCCACGUGGGAGCCUUUCCAGAAACGCAGUGCAGAAAACAUUAUCAGACAAUCUUUACUUGCCUUAUUUUGUUUGUAUGAGAAGAAGUGAAACUCUUAUCAUCCACAUAUCUUUCUCAGGAAGAGCUGUUUUCACAGAUAUUCAUUGUACGAGUUAUAUGUUACCAUAUGUAGGCUUUGACGGAUUUAAAAGAAAAGACGAGAACUAUUUAAAUGGCAUGAAAUUUUAUGUGGAUAUUGUUUAGAUGGACUGAUGCUGAGUACGUUUACUGCACAGGGACACAGUUAAAGACUCUAUGAAGAAAGUACAUUUAUCGCUGUGGACUUUUUUCCUCACAGAGAAUGAGAUUAAUUGCCAAUCACCCGUGUUCUGAAUCAUCUACAGGUUGGCUAGAGUCGAAACCAGCAGAGGGCUGUUUCUGAAUCAGGGUAUCGUGCAUUAGGUGGCAGACUCUUGCACAUCACUUGUGAACCUCUCGCUGUUUUUAACAUUCAGCUGUGACGCCCACAGCUGCGCAUUCAGUCAUCAAGGAAAAAAUAACAAGACACAAAAAAGAUUUCUCACAUGAAGGGCUGAAACAUGAAGCCCUUUGGUCCAAACUAUGCAUUAGAGGACAACUGUAGCAUGAAAGAGAAACUUUAUUAUUAAUUUUCAUUACAUGUACAUUCAAGUUUAAGAGGACAGGACGUGGAGGAAUGAAAUGUGAAAUUGUACCUGUAUGUUAAGGCAAUGUGGUAUGAUAGAGGUCCAGAGAUCUGCAAAUAAAACACGUGA